AUUGGCCGUUGGCAGCGAGGCGUUGCGGCUCGGCGGAGAGGCCGGAGCAGGCCCGGCUCGCGUCGGCGCGGGUGCAGGCGGGGAAGAUGGUGUUGGGGGGCUGCCCCGUGAGUUAUUUGCUGCUGUGCGGGCAGGCGGCCUUGCUGCUGGGGAACCUGCUGCUGCUGCACUGUGUCUCGCGGAGCCAUUCGCACAACGCCACUGCGGAGCCGGGCGCCGCGACCCCCGAGGGCUACCCCGGCGCCCCGAGCUGGGACUACGGAGACCCCCACUCGCCGGUCAUCCUGUGCUCCUACCUACCUGAUGAAUUUAUUGAAUGUGAAGACCCAGUGGAUCAUGUCGGAAAUGCAACCGCAUCCCAGGAACUUGGUUAUGGCUGCCUCAAGUUCGGUGGUCAGGCCUACAGUGAUGUAGAACACACAUCUGUUCAGUGCCGUGCUUUAGAUGGAAUUGAGUGUGCCAGUCCCAGAACCUUCCUACGAGAGAAUAAACCUUGUAUAAAAUAUACUGGACACUACUUCAUAACUACCUUGCUCUACUCUUUCUUCCUGGGAUGCUUUGGAGUGGAUCGUUUCUGUCUGGGACACACUGGCACAGCAGUAGGGAAACUGUUGACACUUGGAGGACUUGGCAUUUGGUGGUUUGUUGACCUAAUUUUGCUUAUUACUGGAGGGCUGAUGCCGAGUGAUGGCAGCAAUUGGUGUACUGUGUACUGAAAACUGAUGUUAUGACCCCCAGAGGCAAGUCUUCCGAAUUGAUCUCUGUAAACUUAAAACUCUUCCUUGAUGUCAAGCCUAACCAUUGCUUUCCUUCUCUGGAGGGAAUAGGUUUGUUAAGAAGGUUUCCUGGAACUUUGGGUGUUAAACUUUAUCUGCAGACUAGAAGUGACAAGUGUUUGUAGGAAUCAAGUUGCAUUCUUUGCUCAAGUACAGCAGAUAAAGGAUAGUGACUGACUUAAUAAGCAGGAGAAUUUCCAUACUCUACUUCUGUACAUUGCAAUGUCAUCAAUUCUUCAGAGCAAGAGGACCCCAGAAGAUGAACAAGGUGAAUAUUUAUAGCCUGUGCCUUUUGCGGCCCCAGAUCUUCAUGCAGGGGAAAUCUGAAGCUAAACCAAUGAAAAACUUCUGGAGAAAUAGGCAUAUUCGUGAACUUUAAUAUAGGUGGAAAUUCUGACUUCCACAAUUUAAAUUGAAGAAUAAAUUUUGCCAACCUGGACUGCUGUUUAGAUCAUUUCAGAAGAUAAAAUAAAAUUCAGAAUUGUAUUUGUCUUGCUAAAAACUAGAUGUUUGAAAUGUUUGAAGUGAACUCCUAUAUCAAUAGUUCCUAUUAUGAUUAAGCUCCAGUGGUAAUCUCAGUUCAUUCAUUUCUUCAUUCCAAUUAUGUUUUUAAAGCCAACAGCAUCAAACAUGUCUGGGUUGAUUUAGGUGAAUUAUUCCACCUAAAAUUUAUUAUUUGUAAGUUUAGAUACCCUAUGUCUAAGUUGAUAAAAGAGGGUUUCAUUUAAGUAACUGUAGAAUCGUUUUCACAGUGGGAUAAUAUAAGAAGUCUCUUGUCCGUGGAAAGAAAAAUAGUCAUUUAUUAAAAAAUAUAUUUAUUGAGUUCCAGGUAGAGUUAGGAUGUUAUUUAUGGGGGCAAAUGAAAAUCGAACACAUCCUGUCAAAGUAAUCAUACCAAAAGCCUCACUAUGGGCUGUGUCGGUUGGUCACAGGAAGAAAGGUGCGUCUGAGCAUUCACACUCCCAAAUCACCGGGAAUGAAAGGAAAUAUUCUACAGCAUAAAUAAGUUAUUUUAAAAACUUAGUCUCCAUCUUUUGCCAUGUAUGUUGGAAUGAGUACAUAUCAAGUUAAAGGACGCUUCGUGGGCAAGUUUAAGAACUUGUUAGAUAACAGAGUCUAGAAAUAAUCAAGGCAAAAUGCUCAACAAUUCAUCAAACUGAUUUUUAUUUGGGGACGCACCCAGAAGUGCUCAUGUCCAGAGGUACUGAGCAGUAGGGGGCACUUUUUGGUGCUGGGGAUCAAACUCAGGGCUCUUGCGUACAAAGCUUACAUCCAGCCCUUCGCACUCUCUUCCCCAGCCCAAGACUCAUCACAAUUGAUUUAAAGACCAACAGUCACAUCAGAAUAACUCUUGAAUAUGCCUAUCGUUGUUGAACAGCUUCCCUAAGAAUUUCAGCUUUAUCAUCCCUGAUUAAUAUGACUGAUUUUAUAUUAAGAGGUGGUAAUUGUGUAUAAUUAAAUAUUCUAAAAAAGAAGUUUUUAUUUUGUCUU